UUUGUCGGUGGACCUAAAUGUUGGAAUACUCGAAUUUUUACUGCAGCUGCUGGUAGAAGACUCUUUAAUAUACUUUUUUUUUGUUUAAAUUCUGUUUCUGUAAUGUACUUAUUCAAAGCUUCUUCCCUUGCUUUCAGCAGCAAAAAGAGAAAAAGGAUGCUGACCUAUCAGUGCGAGAGAGACAGUUAUUCAAUUUUCCCAUUGUCGUUGGGUGCAGUGGCAUUUUGUACUUCACUCCAACUGAUCGCAAAACCAAUUGUGGUAAAAAUAUAU